UUGUUAAUAAAUCGUUGGUGUCAUAAAAACCAGAGGGAGAGAGACAGUAGAGAGCGUAGACCCCCGAUCUCCUAUCUCAUCUUAGAGCUUUAAGCAGCUGAAUUUCAUCUCCAUUUCGAUCUCGCAAGUGAGAGGUAUAAUUCAUAUAGGAUUAAUUGUUAAAUGACGAUGGAUCACGCCGAGCUUACGACCGAGCAGGUUUUGAGGAGGGAUAUACCAUGGGAGACCUACAUGACAACUAAGCUGAUAACUGGAACUGGGCUUCAGCUGUUAAGACGAUAUGAUAAAAAGGCUGAAAAUUACAAAGCCCAAUUACUCGAUGAUGAUGGCCCAUCUUAUAUCCGUGUGUUUGUCAGCAUUUUACGAGACAUAUUCAAAGAAGAAACAGUGGAAUAUGUUCUAGCUCUGAUUGAUGAAAUGCUUACUGCGAAUCCCAAAAGGGCAAGACUGUUUCAUGACAAGUCCCUUGCAAGCGAGGAUACUUAUGAACCUUUCCUAAGAUUGCUCUGGAAAGGUAAUUGGUUUAUUCAAGAGAAGAGCUGUAAGAUACUGUCACUACUAGUAAGUGCUAGACCAAAGGUUCAUGAUGGUUUCACCGCAAAUGGAGAAACUUCAGAUUCAAAAAAGAAAGUCACCACCAUUGAUGAUGUUUUGAAAGGCCUGGUGGAGUGGCUUUGUGCUCAGCUGAAGAAGCCUUAUCAUCCUAGUCGUGGCAUCCCAACAGCUAUCAAUUGCCUUGCAACUCUAUUGAGAGAGCCACUGGUUCGAUCCUCGUUUGUUCAAGUGGACGGAGUGAAGUUACUUGUUCCUUUAAUAUCUCCAGCUUCAACUCAGCAGUCCAUGCAGCUCCUCUACGAAACAUGCCUGUGUGUCUGGCUUUUGUCUUACUAUGAACCAGCACUCGAAUAUCUGGCUACUUCUAGGGCUCUACCUCGAUUAGUUGAAGUUGUUAAAGGUUCAACGAAGGAAAAGGUUGUCAGGGUGGUUGUCUUAACGGUUAGGAAUUUGCUCCACAAAGGGAACUUUGGUGCUCAAAUGGUGGACUUGGGACUGCCACAAAUUGUUCAAAGUUUGAAAGCACAGGCUUGGAGCGAUGAGGAUUUGUUGGAGGCCUUGAAUCAACUGGAAGAAGGGUUGAAGGACAACAUCAAGAAAUUGAGUUCUUUUGAUAAGUACAAGCAGGAAGUUCUGCUUGGCCAUCUUGAUUGGUCCCCAAUGCACAAAGAUCCCAUUUUCUGGAGGGAAAACAUCACAACCUUUGAGGAAAAUGACUUCCAGAUCUUGCGAGUUCUCAUCACAAUUUUGGACACCGCCAAUGACCCAAGGACGCUCGCUGUUGCUUGCUUUGAUCUCUCACAAUUUAUUCAGCACCAUCCUGCUGGUCGGGUAAUAGUUACUGACCUCAAAGCUAAGGAUCGGGUGAUGAAGUUGAUGAACCAUGAGAAUGGCGAGGUCACCAAGAAUGCCCUUCUGUGCAUCCAAAGGCUAUUCCUAGGUGCGAAGUAUGCCAGCUUUUUGCAGGUGUAGAUUGUAAUACGCUGAAGCUUUUGAACUGAAACUGGAAGUUCUUUGUGCAGUAGUUGCAGUUUAUUUAUUGAGUAUUGUAUCUAAGCGCUCAUUUGAUGAGGUAUUUGAACUAGCAAAUUCGAGGACUUGUUUAUUUUGUUGUGGUCUAAGUAAAUAAAUGGUCGAAUUUUUACCUUUCGUACUUAUUUAUGCACAUUGCCUAAUAAAAGAAAAUGAGAAAAAGAAGUUUUUCC